UUCUCCCCAAUCAAAGGGCCAAACUGCAACAAGCACCUGCUACCUCGCGAAAGCAACACUUCUCCCCGUAAUACAUUCCCAUAGCCAUAGGUCUCUUUUUAUUACUACCGGUACAGCUCUCGAGAUUUGCCAUCUCAAUUCCCAAUUCAUCCUACCAUUCUCAUCUGUUCGCUUUGAAAGUCUAUCAUUCAGAGAAUUUCUAUUUCCAUUUUUUCUUCUCCCCUUUCUAGAAAAGCUCGUCUUCCACCGUCAUCAUGUCCGGUUACUCUGAAGCUUGCCCGGUCUACGCGCCCUUUUUCGGCGCCAUGGGUUGCACGGCGGCCAUCGUCUUCACUUGCUUAGGUGCUUCCUACGGAACCGCCAAGUCCGGUGUUGGUAUUGCGGCUAUGGGUGUCCUGAGACCUGACCUCAUCGUGAAGAACAUCGUUCCUGUUAUUAUGGCUGGUAUCAUUGGUAUCUACGGUCUCGUCGUCUCCGUCCUGAUUUCCGAUGGUUUGACCCAACAGCUUCCCCUGUACACGGGUUUCAUUCAACUGGGUGCGGGUCUCUCUGUGGGUCUUGCUGGUUUGGCUGCUGGUUUCGCUAUCGGUAUCGUCGGUGAUGCGGGUGUGCGAGGAACUGCUCAACAACCUAGACUCUUUGUCGGCAUGAUCCUCAUCCUCAUUUUUGCCGAAGUCUUGGGUCUCUACGGUCUCAUCGUUGCCCUGCUCAUGAAUUCUAAGGCUUCCGUCGAUGUUAGCUGCUGAAGGAAGCAUACCAACACGACGGGCUCCUAACAGACGCGAUAGCUCAUGUUAGGACAGAAGGGAUGGCAAGCUGUACUUACACCCUUAUCCCUUCACUUCAUGGGUUGUCUUCUAUCGACGAAUACUACAUACGACUUAAGUUAACGGCAAAACUCAGCCUGGCAGCCGAAGACGAGCAAAGAGAUGGUUGCUAGGUGAUCAAGGGUGUGAUAAGAAUGGUGGAAUGGGGCAUCUGGUGAUGACUGAGCAAGAAACCGCAUCUGUAUUUGUGUUGUUACUGCAUAUGUUGUACGCUCCGGGACGGUUCUCAUCAUAGAUUAAUGGAUGGGAAAUCUUUGUACUCUAGGUUGGUAAUCGGUUCUCAUGGAAGAAAGUGACUUCGAAUCAUGGUUUUAUUUGCCUUUGCGGACGUGUCAGCAUAGCACGUUGAAGUUGUUCUAGUAAAUGUGUUUGUCUGUUUGCUGUAAUUGGUUAUCUUGGGCGUGAUAUCAAGUAGGUAGGUAAGUUUUAGUGUCUUUGGCUACCCUCUUGACCAUGC